CCAGAAUUUUAUCUUAAUUUUCCCAUUUUCUCUGAAUCUCAAUUAAUCAACCACACACUCAGGCAGCCAUGGCAUCAGCCUCAGCUUUGUUAACCCCCAUCUUCACCACCACCCUCCAAAACAAACAUGGCAGCCGCCACAACAUCGCCACUCCAUCGUUCCAAGGCCUCAGGCCCCUACGCAAGGCCCCCUCUUCCAAGCUCGCCCCCUUGUCUUGUGGUAGAAAGGUUGGUGGUGUGAAGGCGGAGCUAAGCGCCCCAGUGGUGAUAAGCCUAAGCACAGGCCUCUCCCUUUUCUUGGGUCGGUUCGUGUUCUUCAACUUCCAAAGAGAGAACGUGGCGAAGCAAGUGCCUGAGCAAAACGGGUUGACCCAUUUCGAAGCGGGUGACACUCGAGCCAAGGAGUAUGUUAGCCUCCUGAAAUCCAACGAUCCGGUGGGAUUCAACCUGGUGGAUGUUCUGGCUUGGGGAUCCCUGGGUCAUAUUGUUGCUUACUAUAUCUUGGCCACCUCCAGCAAUGGCUAUGAUCCCAAGUUCUUUAGUUGAACAAUCUUGUCCUUAGUUUAUGUGUUUAUGUUGUACAAGAUUAUCCCUUUGUAAUUUGUAUAGUUAAGUUUCUGGGCUACUUUGGAGUGUAUGUUAGUUUUCUCGGUUGAUAAUUUCAUCUAUAUAACUAAA